UAUGUGUAUGGUUCUGUCUUUCAGACCCCAUCUGCUGUUCAGAAGAUAAAAGAGCUUCUGAAAGAUAAACCUGAGCAUGUGGGUGUGAAAGUGGGUGUUCGUACAAGGGGAUGCAAUGGACUUUCUUACACAUUAGAGUAUACAAAAUCAAAAGGAGACUCUGAUGAAGAAGUAGUUCAAGAUGGGGUUAGAGUGUUUAUUGAGAAGAAGGCACAGCUGACACUUCUAGGAACUGAAAUGGACUAUAUAGAAGAUAAGCUGUCCAGUGAAUUUGUUUUCAAUAAUCCAAACAUCAAAGGAACAUGUGGCUGUGGAGAAAGCUUUAACAUCUGAAAUCUCAGGACUACUUCUUUGACUUUGAACUGCCCAAAACACAUACUAUUACAACAUUCAGAAGCAGAUGUGUUUCCUUCAGGUUCGUAGCCUGUGUAAAGUGGGGAUACUCUUAAGAAAAAUAAAUAAUUUUGAAAAUGUAAGUUGUGUGGUAAAUUCCACCACUGAUGUAGUUAUCCUGUAAUUUGUGAUGAGUUGGGAUCUAAAAGGUAAGAACAGUAAGUGCUGCAAGUAACAUCUCUGUACUUCCACUUGGCCAAGGAAAUAAAAUCUCACUGUUCUUUUCCUUUGUCAUUUUCUUUAUCCAUCUUACUCAUACUUGCCCAUCCAAAACCAUUUGAAAGAAUACACUGUGUUCUGCUUUGAUUCGAAGAAAACAAACAAACAAAUGAACAAAAAAACCCAACCAUUUGUGUGUGUGUUUAUAGAAAUGUAUAUAUACAGGCACACAGUCCUUGCUUGCUUUAUAGUUUUCUGAUGCUUUCAUCCUUUUACAAGUGCGUUUCUGAUGGUUUAUUUGCCCUUAAAUCCAGGGAAAUAGAAGUGUUGUUCAUGUAUUAAUAUAGUGGUUACACUGCUUGUAGAAAUGCUUUGAAGAGGGCUAGCCUAAAUUUAGGUUUUUUCCUUUCCUUGUUGAAGGCACAGUCUCUGCUGUACUUGGUCAUUUUCAAAUCAAGAAAUAUUUAGGCACUGGAGGACUAAAUCGCGAUACAUGUGGGCCUUGUUUUUCACCCUUCUGUUGUUUGUCAUUCCUCAAUUAAAUUGCAAAGUUGGUAAAACAGCCUCCACAUUCUGAUUCUCCAUGUUCACAAGAUGUGCUCUGUGUGUGCACCAAAAGCUAUAAAUGCUUUUUUUGAGAGACAAAUUUUAGAUUUCUCAUUACUUUUUUUUUUUCUUUUGUAGUCAUGCCUGCUACUAAUUUUGUUACAGUCUGAACUCUUCUUUGUAACUCUCUAGGUAUAGGAUUCUUUCACCAAAGCUUAUGGUAACUUCUGUUUAACUCCUGUCUUGAGGUUAACUUGGUAACAGGAGAAAAUGUGUUUUUAAUUUUAAAAAAAUUAGUAGUUCAUAAUAGUUUUAAUCUAGACAGUAAUUAAAAUAUACAAGAGGCCAUUUUUUUCUUUGGAAUUUAAAUGUACUUAAUCAGAAUUUGGUUUUAUUAAACAAGUGUUUUUCGAGCUUA